AGGAAUCUCAAUAAACGCGUAUAUCAAUAAAUAUCAAGCCAGCCCUCUUCUAACAUUGUUAUUCAUUCUCCUCUCAAAGCAACAUUACAAGAGAGCAAAUAACAAAGAAAGCAUGGAUCAUGGUAACAUGCAUGACAUGCCUCCACCAUCAACACCAUCCAUGAUGAAAAAUGGAUCCAUGAACGGAGGAGGAGGACAUCACAAGAUGAUGAUGAUGCACAUGACUUUCUUUUGGGGCAAGAACACGGAGGUUCUUUUCUCCGGUUGGCCGGGAACAAGCUCCGGCAUGUAUGCUCUUUGUCUCAUCUUUGUCUUCUUCCUCGCCGUCGUCACUGAAUGGCUUGCUCACUCCUCUCUCCUCCGUGGCACCACCGGAGAUUCCGCUAACCCCGUCUCCGGACUCGGCCAAACCGCCGUGUACACCCUCCGUACUGGCCUCGCUUAUCUAGUCAUGCUCGCCGUCAUGUCGUUCAACGCCGGCGUGUUUCUAGCCGCCCUCGCCGGUCAUGCCAUCGGUUUCAUGUUGUUCGGAAGCCGAACUUUCAGAAAUCCCUCCGGCGACCAGAAAACUAACGAUCCUCCUGCCUCAGGUUGUGCUUGUUAAUUUUCAUUUAUGUACCGACUGAUGCAUACUUAUAUUUUAAGAUCUAGGGGUUGUAGUUUUCUUGAUUGUUCUUGACGUUAAUGUGAGGAGGAAUAUUUUCUAUUUUCUAUUUGUUUUGCUUUACGAUUUUUAUUUCCUUCUUGUUAAUAUGAUUAAUGGCCACAGCUGAAUAUAUCAAUUUGCUAAGUUUGGACA